CCAAAGAGAAGAGCCGCAGCAUACAGGGUUUCAUUUGAGAUGUCUUCAGAACCAGAUGACAGUGAUACAGAUCAGAAUUGAAAACCUUCCCCUGAGAAUUCUUCAUCAGAAAUGGACUGUGAGGGGGCUGAUUAUUAUGCAGGGUUUGAUCCGUUGUUUUGCAGUGAAGAAAAACUCGAGAUCCAGGAAGCUGUGAAAAUGAAUCCCAAACAUCAAAGCGGGGCAGCCGACGCUACUUUUUAUGUGGAACCCGAACUGAUGGUACAAGUGGAGAAGCCAGCCCCUGCCAGCCAACUAAUGGAGAAGCCAGCUCCAGCCAGCCAACUAAUGCAGAAGCCAGCCCCAGCCAGCCAACUAAUGCAGACGCAAGUGGAGAAGCCAGCCCCUGCCAGCCAACUAAUGCAGAAGCCAGCCCCAGCCAGCCAACUCAUGCAGACCCAAGUUGAGAAGCCAGCCCCUGCCAGCCAACUAAUGAAGAAGCAAGCCCCAGCCAGCCAACUAAUGCAGACGGAAGUGGAGAAGCCAGCCCCUGCCAGAAGACUAAUGCAGACACUGAAGAAAAAGAAGUCAUACCUGAGGAUCGGGGACAAGGUAGUUGCCAAAAGAAUGAGAGGAAAGGGAGACUGGUUGCCGGCAGAAAUUUCAUCAAAAUUGAAAGGAGGAUCCAUUGUCCAAGUUAGGUUUGUUGAAGACGGGGCUUAUAUGUUUGUGAGUAAAGAAGAUGUGUAACUUGUUUUGUAAUGUUCAUGACUGAAAAACAAAAAACCUGUGGUGGAAUCAGGGUUCCGACACACCUUGAAAUGUGCUUGAAAAUCAAGGUUUUAUGUAUAUAUGUAUAAAGUUGACGGAUAAUUUAUUUUAUAUUAUAUUAACUUUGAACUAUUAUUUUAUUUUUUAAUUACUAUUUAUGUAAAUUCUUUUUAAAUCGAAAUUUAAAUUUAAAAAUAAGCAAUUUAAUUUUUUAUUUUUGAAUAUGUUCACUUUUUUAUGUAUAAAUAGUUUUAACUAUGGCAACCUAA